AUGGAUAAUGUAGAACAGCUGAAUGAGCUGAUUGAUGCUAUUGAAACAUUAUCAACAUUGUUGAACUCUUUACUUGAACAAGCAAAGAAAGAUGUUGAAGAAUCAUUAGGGAGCUUCAUUGGUGACAAGGUUCGCACUCUUGGGCAAGCCAUUGGUGGUUACUUUAAGUGCCUAAACACUUUUCAUGUUGCAAACCGAAGUGAGCUUCAAUUGAAAUGGCAAGCAUGUUAUCAAAAUAAGGACAUUCGUGAGUCUGUUGACAAUCUCUUGGAAGUUGAGGAAAAUUGGGAUGAUUUUCUGAAAGAAGUUGAUAGGAAACUAGACGGAGGUGACAAUGAUGCUGGUCAAAGUUUGAUUGUGGAUCAGCUGGACCACUCAGAAUACCUCUGUUUAACUAAUCUUGGCGAUUUUAUUGGAUCCAAUAAUUUGCUGCUUGUAUUUCUUCGUCACUUUGCCUGACUACCGUGACGUGAUCAUGUCAUGCAACUUCAAAGCGCUAGACAGGAAUUUGAAAACCUGAGAACCACAAUAGCCGUUGUCAGCUUUGGAUCCAAGGAGAAAGCAAUAUCCUGGAAGAAAGAUACAAAAUGCGAGUUCCCAAUAUUACUGGACGAAGAUCGUCACUUGUACAAAGCUCUAGGGUUAAAGAGGUCAGUAUCAAAGGUUUGGGCAGUAUCUUCCUUAGUCUAUUACGCGGAACAGAAAUUAGCUGGCCGAAAAUUACUUUCCAUGUUAGAGGAAGAUGAUCCACAUCAAUUAGGAGGGGAUUUCAUCAUCAAUAGUUCCGGAAUUCUAACCUUGCUUUACCAAAGUAAAACCUCCACUGACAGACCGUCGGUUGAGUUUUUACUGGACUUUUUACAAUCACAUUAAUACCCGGCGUGGUUGCAAACUGA